AUGUUCGUCCACGUGAAGGCACAUGACGCCUGGGAUGUCUGUUCUGGAGUGGUCGACCGGGUAGUGGGUCUUGAGCAAGUUUCCUACCUUAGCCUGGAAAAUGUGACUGCCCAUGAAUUUGUGGGCGAUACCAAAGACGGAGGACUUGCUAUCUGCCUAGCUGAUGCCGACGACCGCCCAGUCCCGUUCUUCUUACAGGGACCAGACGGACCUAGGUUCGAAGAAGUGCUAGGCGACCCUGUCACACCGACCCAGUGGGGCGAGCCUGCCGAGAUGGUACUGUUGCAAGCUCCUGAAGCAGCGAACCAGGUGGCGGAACUUGAAGGGAAAUGUCACUGUGGAGGCGUUUCUUUCCGGUUAACUCGUCCAAACCCUACCUCGAGGUUGUGUUCCUCGCCUUGGCCCGAUCUUCUCGUCCCGUACCAUUCAGCUAGUUCGGCAAACCCCGAAGAUAUCAAGUGGUGGCUUUGCGGGAAUGAUACUAAAUAUCUGGCUGGGACUUGCGCAUGCAGAUCUUGCAGACUUGGUUCAGGGUCUCCUAUUCAGGCGUGGGGUUUUGUGCCAAAAGCCAACAUUCUCCAGUCCAACGGUCAACCCUUAAAUUUUGAGACCGGGACUCUGAAGCAAGUGGAAAGUUCUGCUGGUUGUUUCCGCGAGUUUUGUGAUACUUGUGGGGCCACGGUCUUUUGGCAUUGCCGUGAAAGACCCGAGUUGAUCGAUGUGAGCGUUGGGUUGCUGAGGGCGAUAGAAGGCUCGAGGGCGGAGAGCUGGCUAGACUGGUGGACUGAAAGAGUGAGUUUUAGUGAAGAAGCAUUUGACAAGAAACUCAUUGAACGCCUUGAGUUGGGUUUGAAGCGGCUCAGGCAAGCUAGAUGA